AUGCAGGCUGGCGGAGAUGGAGCUGUCCCAUCACAGUCAUAUGCACCUCCACCACCAGCCCCGCCUGAUCAGAAGCCCGUGCACGAUGUGAUGGCAGGAGCUAUGGCCAGAGCGGCCUCGCAGGGCACCAUACACCCGCUGGACACCUUGAAGGUGCAAAUGCAGAUCGGAAGGCGGUCUGGGGCAGCAGACCUACGGGGCCUGUACAAAGGCGUGUUUGGGGCGGCGACCGGUGCAGGCAUCAUCAUUGGCACAUACUUUGCGUUCUACAGCACCACCAAAAAUGCUCUGCGCAGGCACACAGACUUGCAAGAAGGGGGCCUGGCAUUUGUGGCUGGAGCAACGGCGGCGGUGGGCAGCAGCGUGGUGAAGGUGCCUCUCGCAGUAUGCAUCCGCAGCGUCCAGGCCGGGCUGCACCCCAACCCAAUUGCAGCCGCCCAGUCCCUCGUCCGCGCAGCCGGUGUCCGCAGCCUCUUCACGGGGUUUGUGCCGACGCUGCUGGAGGACGUCCCGGACAUGGCGGUGAAGUUUGCGGUGUACGAGAGCCUGCGGCCCCUCCACAGCAGGGUCUUUGGCGGCAGACAGCCGACGGUGGCAGAGGAUCUGCUGAUCGGCGGGGCGGCGGGGGCGGCGGCUGCGGCGGUGACGACGCCGUUGGACGUGGUAAAGACGGUGAUGAUGUGCUCCGCGUCCAGCAGGCCCACGCUGCUGUCGGCAUCCGCGCGAGUCAUGGCCGAGGGCCGCGGCGCCGCUCCCUUCUUCCGCGGCGUCGGGCCCCGCUCCCUCUCCAACGGCCUCAACUCCGCCAUCUUCUUCUGCUUCUUCGAGGCCCUGCGCGGGGCCCGCUUGAACAGACAGAAGCGCGCACCUGUGGCCUCUCUGAGUCUAGCUCUGCCGUGCUGA